AUGACGUCCCGCGAAGAAACCGUCCUUGCUCCCACCGAUGCCUCCCUCACCGAUGAGAACGAUUGGUGGGAGUUUGGCCUGACUGAGGUCAAGGUCAUGAAGCCAGGGAAAAAGCACUAUGCCAAUCUACUCGAUGCCACAGAACAAAAUCCAGUGCAGGUGAUCGGCAGUUUGGAGCAGCUUCCUGAGACACAUCAACACUUAUUGCUCAAACCCGACAACCCUCCAAAGCGCAUCAUCAUCGACGAAGUUACACAUUAUGCCUACGGCCAGACCGAGGAUAAAAGCAUCGAGCUGUGGGUAGCCGGCAAGGCGGGCUGGUACGAUAUCAUUUCCCCGGCCAAGGGCUUCCAACCCACAUACAACCGCAUGGUCCAGGCCAUUGAUAUGCUUUAUUUUUUGGUCGACAAGCACCAACAUGGCAAGAAACAACCCAAUCCGUCUUUUCGGAAUCUCUGUGAACAAUACACCUAUCACUCAUAUGGCUCAUGCGAAACUCGAGAAGAAGCAGCCGAGAUUUUCGAGACUCAUGCUCCCUUCUUGUUGCGCUGCAUGAUACAGGGCGAGGCAGGCGUGGAAUGGACGAAAACAAGUGUUUUCGUUCACCUCCGACGUCAAUUCAAUGAUGAUUACAACCGACUUAUGAAAGAGUUCUCUCCCUCGGCCGAGGAGAGCGAAGCCAAUGAUGAACCCGAGGUUACUACUCCCCGGCAUAACCCAGAUGCAGUCUCGGGUUCACAGACGACUGCAAUUUACCAAUUACUGGGGAAUCUGAAAGAAGAAGGCCACUUGGCAAAGCGUCGACUCCACCUUGAUCUCCUUACCGAACGCUUAGCGGAACGCUUUUCGUUUAGCAACGAAGACGCCCAGAAGAUCAUAUCAGCCAGAGCUAAUGCUGUGCUGGAAUUAAUGGACGAAGAAGAUGCGCCUGGCUUUAGAUGGUCUCGUUAUGUCAUCCACCGCGAACUCACCAAUGCCGCCUCAAAAUCAGCCCCCCUGCCGCGUGCUCUUCUCACCCCUCUCACUACGGCAGAUGAAUCAAGUGAAGACGAACGGUUUGGUCGGACUCAGAAAUCGGUACUUCGUCCCAAAGUCACCACCGUCUCUAGAAAAGUCACUGGGAAGAGAAAUCGCAACGCCUCAAAUGACCAGCCAGCACCUGAAUCUAACGAUCAGGACGAGCAAGAGGAUACAGAUGAGAUGGAAGAUAUCGAUGAUUUUGAAACGCCCAGCAAAGUUCGAGGGCAUGAUUUGAUCAGGGACCCAUUAUCCGAUACAAAGCCUCGAGCACGCUCAUUCCUGUCAGCCUCUAGUGGCGCUGGCUCCUCUUUAAUGAAGAGUCUGUUCAAAGAUAGACUCCAAACCCCCUCCGUGUCCUCUUCGGUCACCCGCCAAAAGCUCUCCUCUCCGGAGCCUGACCAACAUUCAACACUCGAUAUCUCACAAGCUGUUGAAGAGCCCCAGCUAGAUUUAUCUGGCCCAUGGGCAUGUCGCAUGCCCGGGUGCAAUACUGUGUUUUCGAUGGAUGAUGGAGAGGAGCGUCGGCAGCUAAUUGGAAAGCACGCCGGCGAGCAUGACUGGGAGACACAAAUGAAGAUCGAGCUGAUGGAGCAGGAGAAACGCAUGCAUUCUGCUUUGCCUGUCAGCAAUCUCAUGCAGUAUGUCCUUGACCAGCAUGUACAGACGAUGCGUACCGCGUUCCCCGAGUUCUAUGCCAGACCUAAGGAAAACGGCAUUGUCCCGAGCCAGGACGCCGGGGACGAAGCGAAGUCCAUCCCCGAAACAGAGCAGCCCAAUCUUGAAUUCAACGAAGAAGAUCAAGACCAAGAUGAAGAAGAUGACGAGCUUGACGAUCUUGAGCAUCUUGCAAAUGGCGACUCUUGA